ACCUCUCUAGAUGUGUUGAAAAGGGCCAAAAGUUCUCCGGGAUGAAGAGUCAUGAUUGUCAUGUCUUUAUGCAAAGACUACUUCCCUUUGCAUUUGCGGAGCUACUUCCAACAAAAGUACAUGAAGCACUUGCAGCCAUUGGAGCAUUUUUCAGGGACUUGAGCACUCGCACUCUUAAAGAGGAUGUCGUAGAACAACUUCACGAGAACAUUCCGAUCUUAUUGUGCAACUUGGAGAUGAUAUUUCCUCCCUCAUUUUUUGACGUCAUGGAGCAUUUAGCUGUCCACCUCCCGUAUGAGGCAUUGCUUCGAGGACCAGUACAUUAUGGAUGGAUGUAUCAGUAUGAGCGGGCCAUGAAAUAUUUGAAGGGAAAGGCAAAAAACCUCGCAAAGGUUGAAGGUUCUAUAAUUGCUGGAAGUUUGACGGAAGAAACAUCUCACUUCACAUCGUACUACUUUGCACCUAAUGUACGGACCCGACAAAGAGCUCCAAGAAGAUAUGAUGAUGGUGGUGUUGCCCCAACAUAUGCAGUUGCUGGUGUUCCGGAUAUCUUUAGCCAGAUUGGGCGAAUGGGUGGGAAAACGAAAGAGGUUUGGUGGUCGAGUGAUGAAGACGCCCAUAGUGCACACACUUACAUUCUACUUAAUUGUGAGGAUCCAUUUAUGCGCUAUUUUGAAAGCCUAUUUGUUAGUCAAGUCCAAGAAGCUAUCCCAGGCAUAUCCACAAGUGAGGUAGAUAAAAGGAAAGAUCGACACUUUAUUAAAUGGUUGAAGAGUCAGGUUGAAUAUGAGGAUCCAGAUUAUCCCAUAUGGUUUCACGAAUUAGUUCAGGGUCCACUUGCAAAGGUCACCACAUCACCAAUGUAUUUCUCACGAGGCUUUACUUUUCAUACGUACGAGUAUGGUAAACACCGGGCGACCAGCAAUUAUGGAAUUUGUGUGAAAGGCGAAACCGAUUUCUACGGGAUCUUGCAGGAGAUUAUUGAAGUGGAAUUCCCUGGGUUAUUGAAGCUGAAAUGCGUCAUAUUCAAAUGUGACUGGUUCGACCCCGUGGUCAACAGAGGUGUUCGAUUUAACAAAUUCGGUGUAGUUGCUGUCAAUGGUGGACGGAGGUACAACAAAUUCGAGCCUUUCAUAUUAGCUUCGCAAGCAGACCAAGUUAGCUUCCUACCAUACCCGAGGUUGCGAGAAUCUGGAAUAAGUUGGUUAGCUGUUAUCAAAGUUACACCCCGUGGACGAAUAAUCGGUGGAGAAGAACCACCUUUGCAAGAAGAACACAUCAAUGAAGUCGAAGAACCUGAACAACAAAUGGAAGACAUCCUACUCAUUGAUCCGCAUAAUCAUGAGUAUGAAGAUCUUCCCGACGAUACCACUGACGAUGCUGUUGAGGACGAGUUUAAUGAAAGUGAUGAUGUUUCUAGUGUUGAAGAGAAUGAUGAUGUAUCUGAAUGAUGAUGUAAUUUUUUAAAAAUAUUAUUUAUUUUCAGACUUGA